AGUUCCUUCUAUGAGAGGCUCUAGUAAGCCAGCGAGGGGUUGUAUUUAGUGGGGGUUUAUGUGGUGAAAUAGACUUGAGCAGGUACCCGAGACCUUUAUCCAGGAAGGAAGCAUGUUUAUAGCCAAUUGCCAUUUGUGUGAACUAACCCUUAUAACACGUGUAUCACUUAUAUUUAUAAGAAAUCGCGUAAUCAAUAAUUUAAAGUCAUGUUAAUAGAUGUUUUUUCUAGAUUUGAUGCUCACAGCUAUAACUUAAUUUGGUUGUCUAUGCCGUUAUGGUUGCUGUCUUCUAUAGUGCCAAUAACCGUGCUAUUUAGAGACGUGUACACUAAGGGUAGAAGUACGAGCUCUUUUCGGAGUUUGGUGCUAUCCUUUACUUAUUCGAUGAUUCGAUUGAACGGAAAGGGACUAAAGCUAUCUGGGUUUCCUCUAGUAAUAAGGGGUCUGUUCAUGAUAAUUCUGAUACUAAAUCUGUCUGGAAACUUUCCAUUCUUUUUCCCUGUAAGAGGGCAGUUUGUGUUCGGGUUCUCCUUUGCUUUGUCUAUUUGAACUUGUUUAGUUUUAUCUAGUCUUUUAUGCAGAUUUGAGCAGGGGUUGAUGAGUCUCGUUCCAACAGGUUGCCCGUUAAUCCUUGUGCCUUUUAUAGUAGUGGUUGAGCUAAUUAGUGGCAUACUUCGCCCUUUAACAUUAGUUUUACGUCUGACACUAAAUCUGGGAGCUGGUAAAGUAAUUCUAACUAUAUGCAGGAGAGAGUUAGUAGUUAGCUGGUUAAAUAGCAGAAGGCUGCUUACAGGAGUUGGGGGUAUUAAAGGGUUAAUAAUGGGCGGAGGUGUUUUUGGAGCCGCUGAAGUUGCAAUCGCGUGUAUUCAGUGUUAUAUUUUUUGUGUCUUAUUGUGUCUCUAUACGGAGGAUCAUAGAAG